CCUGUACAAUUGUAGAUGAAGCUUUCAUCACUAUAGUUGAUGUGGGUCCGUUGAAAUGUCUGAGUGUAUUGUUCAGCCAAAAGGUUAGCGGCAUCGUCGUGAUUAUUGGUCGGGUCGUUAGGACCUAGCAGGUAGGAAACUCCAGUUUUCACUUGUCGAAGAGAGGCUGCAUAACGGAAUGAGCUUUUCGGAUCCGAGAAAGAUUUACCGAUUAGCUUUAUCUGGUACUGAAGCCUGUAUUCUCUUAUAGCCUUCGUGCAUAUGUUCCUUAUAUGUUUGUACUGCCUGUACGGGCCGUUGUUAUCAGUUCGUUUGCAUUCUUCGCAACAGUGCCUUUUGUGCCUUAUCAAACGAAGAGUGCGCUUCUUGAUGACUGUAGGUUGCUUUCAGAUUUUGGAGACCAUUUGAGUAACAAACUGCUUUGUUACACAUAAACGCAUGUGAAGUAAGAAAUCCCAAUGAGCAAACGUUAGAUCUAUUAUGGUUGAGUAACUGAAAAAAAAAACACUUUAAAAACCAACAAUGACUCUAAAUCGUUCUGAAACACCAAGAAGGGACUUUAAAGCCCUUUUUUUGUACGGUCUUCACAGAUAUUUGAUACAAGAACGAUGUUCUUGUACACUAGAUCGAGUGUAAGCGCUAUAUCUAAUAUAAAUGGUAAUUCAAGGUAAGUGUGAAUAUUGUGUAGAAGGUGUUCCGCUCUCAAUAUAUUUUAUCAUUUAGCUCCAUUACUAAGUAAUAAACCUAAAUUUGUAGUCAUAAAGAGCAUUUCGUCCUGUAAUAAGUAUCUCAUUGGAUCACAACAAACUCACUUACACUAGCAAACAAAGAACAAUAAGUAAAUAUUAACUUCAAAGGAAGUCAGAAUCGCAACUGUAAGUUGCCCUUUUUCACUCACCAUAGACGAGGUAAUGAGACAUUCCACAUAAUUUUUUCCUAUGAGUUUAGAAACUUGGAAUUUGCAUAUUAGUAGUUACUGGUUAGUUUACUCCCUAAAUUGCUUUCAAAAAAUACGACCUAUGCAUAAACCUACAGGUAUUCAUAUGAAAGUCACUGAAAAGACCUCUGGAUUUCCACAAAAACUGCAUUUUCCUAUAUUAUGAACUAAAAUUGCACCUCUUCACAUCCUCAGAAAUCUAGUCAUCUACUACUUGCCCUCAAGAGACUUGUUCACAGCAGGUUUCUCUACUUACUUCCACACGUACAUGAGAAUUGAGAAAUAAGUAAAGUUCCUAAUAGGUAAUAUACGAAACAUGUGUAAGGGCUUUUAUGGAAAGUUCAUAUAGUUAUCAGAGUAUUUUUAUUUUGUAGGCGCUUUCAAUACCUAUUAUCUUGCUCAUUGACCGCCGUAAUAAAAGUAUUGAUGUGCGUCAGGUAUAUUGAUUAUACGUUUGUGGCCUGCGUCAACACCCGAACUAAGAAUAGAGAGUGGAUUAGUCGAACGCGUCGCCCUAAUGGGUUGGUGUCUAACGAAAUCUCUGCAUGGAUUCAGAAAACUCGUUUUGCCCUUGCCAAACUACAUCACCUAUAGCGAUGGUUAGAUAUCCGUCUAUCAAUAAAUGGACGAGUUUAAUGUGUGGUAGUUCGUCCUGUUCUACUUUACGGCUUCAAAACGUGGCCAUUAAGAGUAGAGAAUACUCGUAAGCUACUAGUAUUUGACCACAAAUGCCUUCGAAACAUGUCCAGCAUCUACUGGGAUCAUCAGGUAAGUAAUGGUGAGGUUAGACUCAGGGUAUUAUAGAAUGAUGGUAAAUCAGUUGGUGAGGUUGUGAUUUUUCAUCGACUAUGAUGGUUGGGCCACGUGUUACGUAUGUCUAAACACCGAUUACCACAACGUGCAAUGCUGACUAGUGUUGGAGACGGAUGGAAGAAAGUUAGGUGCGGUCAAACCAAAACGUGGUAUCUGUCCUUGAUGUCACUGACUUCUUGUCUGAGCGAUGUUGCUAGAUAUAGACUACUUGGUUAGGGUCUGCGUGACUAUCGUAACCGAUGGUUUUAGACUGUAGGUGACACGAUUCAAAAUCGAUUAUAAUGGCGUAGGUGUAUACAUUCCUUGUCUUCCCUUAAACUGCGAUUAAAAUUACUUUAUACCAUUCUUUUUAAGAACUAAUUCUUUCUUCCUGUAUUAUAUCCUUAUACACAAUCUUUCUUUUAUAUAUUACUACCAUUGAAUUAACUACUUCCAUUAAUUUGGUGUUCACACUGUUGUGCUGUGUAGCGACUUGGACCUAUGUAUGUAUGUGCCUGGUCCUAUGUUGUAGCUGACUGACUGACUUGUGACCUGUAAUGGUUAUUAACAUGCUUCUCAUAUACUAUAACUUCUCACUAUGGCACAUGAUACUGGAGUCCAUGUGCACCAUUGGUUUGGAAUCCGGUUUAAACGCCGGAUAUUCGUUUUUCGUCAUCCCAACUUCGUAAAUAACAGUAAUGCCACGAGAAGGCAGGAGAGAAUGUUAACGAAGAAAACUUGGAUGCUAAGUAAGCGGUUGAUUCAAAAUGUCCUACGUUGCCAAUAUCGAAGUAGUCUGCCUACAAGAGGAAUGCAAUGCUAUUCCGGAGAACCUGGUUCAUGUUCAUCAACUGGCGCUCUUCACUGUAGACCUUUAACAACUCCUCUGGGAUUGAUCAAAAUUACUUGUGUUGUAAUAUCCUCAAUUUUCGCUGGUGCAUGGAUAAGUAGAAAUGGAGCAGAGUUUCUUGAGGAAAAUGAAAUUUUUGUUCCAGAAGAUGAUUAG